AUAUGUUCCCUCUGGGCCUGUGUUUCCCAACCAGUGUGCCUGCUAAGGCUGUCUGGGCAUCCUGGGGGUUGUAGUUUUGCAAUAUCUGGAGGCCCACGGUUUAAAGAACACUGGUUUAUGCCAUGCUUUUAUCACACGUGACUCUCUGAGGCACUGUUUCCCACCUAGGGGGCCUAAGGCUAUCUGGGGGUGCUGGGAGUUGUAGUUUUGCAAUAUCUGGUUGGGAAAAACUGCUCUGGGCUGCCACAUAACAAUUCGUGUUAGUAAAUCUGGGCCAAAAUAAUGUAAUUUUAUUUACUAGACUUGAAAAAUGAUAUGGCCGGCAAAGGCUGAAUACACAGAAAAAUAGACUACAUCACUGUUUCCUAGCCAGGGUGCCUCCAGCUGUUGCAAGGCUGUUGCCUUAAGCUGUCCGGGCAUGUUGGGAGUUGUAGUUUGGCAACAGCUGGAGGAACCCUGGUUGGGAAACACUGGUCUACAUCAUAGACUGGCAAACUAGGAACAACAACACGGAUUAGCACAGGCGGUGCUUAACCGGUCACAUGACCACACUGCGCCCGCUCUGAGCAUGCGCGGCAGGACAAGGGACACGUGCGCAUGUUUACGUUCCUUCUCACAGGUCGUGACGUCAGCGCCGGCCUGACAGCUUUGUUGUCUCCAUCGUCCUGAGAAGGGGAGGUCGCUGAGGGGGUACAGACGAGGGGGAGGCAGCGGAGGAGACAAGCCGUCCGGUCAGUCGGACCCGGGGACGACGUUAUGCGGGUGGAAGGCGAGAAGGUCAUGCCUGAGACCAGACGGGCGAGGGCGCUAGAAAGAGAAGAAGAACGGGGCCGCUGCCCGGCGACCGUCAACAAAGCGCCUAGUCACGUGACCGGCCGCUGAUGAGGAGAACAAAAACAAUAAUAAAAAUAAUAACAGGGGCACAAGUGUAGAGAGAUCCGGCCGCAGACACCGCGCGCAGCGCCGCUCGAAGGGAUCCCUCCGCCAGCACCUCAGCCGUGCUCGUACACGAACUAUUCCGCGGCGGAUGAGCAGAGAGAGCCGUCCCCGACAUGUCGUUCUCCCUAGAGGACACGCUGGAGUCGGACUGGGUCGCCGUUAGGCCCAAUGUCUUCGAGGAGAAGGAGCGGCACAAGUUCGUCUUCAUAGUGGCCUGGAACGAAGUGGAAGGCAAGUUCGCCAUCACCUGUCACAACCGGACUGCGCAGCGGCAGCGGAGCGCGGACAAAGGAGGAGGCCGGAGCCCCUCCAGGAAGGAAGAGCCGGAGGGGGGCAGCCCGGUGCGGAGGGACACCAGCACCCCGGGGAGCCCGGCCCGGGAGCCGGAGGAGGACUGCAGCUGGGCCGGUCUCUUCUCCUUCCAGGACCUGCGGGCCGUCCACCAGCUGCUGUGCUCCGUCAACGCCGACCUGGAGCCCUGCCUGCCCGCCUUCCCCGAGGAGCCGUCCGGCAUGUGGUCCGUGCUGUUCGGGCCCGCGGAGCUGGGCGAGGAGCUGGUGGAGGAGCUGUGCGGACGGCUGCAGCUCUACCUGGGCCACAGCCUGGAUAUCUGCGGCUGGAAGAUCCUGUCCCAGGUCCUGUUCACCGAGAGCGACGACCCCGAGGAGUACUACGAGAGCCUGAGCGAGCUGCGACACAAGGGCUACGAAGAGGCGCUGCAGCGGGCGCGCCGGAGGCUGCACGAGCUGUUGGAAAAGCAUAAAGCCACAGAAAACAUGGUUGAUCUUCUAGAGUUGUAUCAGAUGGAGGAUGAAGCGUACUGUGCUGUCGUAGAAGCCACUACAGAAUUUUAUCAGUACUUGUUACAGCCAUUCCGAGACAUGCGGGAGCUGGCGAUGUUACGGCGACAGCAGAUUAAGAUCUCGAUAGAAAAUGAUUACUUAGGACCCAGACGAAUUGACAGCCUUAAGAAGGAGGAUGCGGACUGGCAGAAGAAAGCUCACAUGGCCGUGCUGUCCAUUCAGGAUUUAACUGUAAAAUACUUUGAAAUCACAGCAAAAGCGCAGAAAGCGGUCUUCGAUCGGAUGAGAGCAGACCAGAAAAAGUUUGGAAAGGCAUCGUGGACGACAGCAGUGGAGCGCAUGGAAAAGCUUCAGUAUGGGGUUUCUAAAGAGACUUUGCAGUUGAUGAGAGCAAAAGAAAUCUGUCUUGAACAAAAGAAGCAUGGACUAAAGGAGGAGAUGCAGAGUUUACAUGGUGGAACAGAAGCAAUAGCCGUAUUGGACCAAUUGGAGGCGGAUUAUUAUGACCACCAGCUUCAGCUAUAUGAAGUACAGUUUGAGAUUCUGAAGUGUGAGGAGCUGCUGCUAACAGCUCAGCUGGAGAGCAUCAAGAGACAGAUCUCAGAGAAAAGAGAUGAAGUAGUUUAUUAUGAUACGUAUGAAAGUAUGGAGGCAAUGCUUGCGAUAGAAGACAUGGCAUCAUCCAUACAUUUACAGAGGGAAGAGUUGCAUAAACUUCAGCUUAAAGUUCGUCAGCUGGAGGCAAAGCGGGGCCGAAUUUCAGCGAAAAAAGCCUACCUCAGAAAUAAAAAGGAGAUUUGCGUCGCAAAGAACAGUGAAAAAAUGGAGCAGCGUCUUCAGACCGAUGAGCAGUAUAGAAUUCACCAUACCACACAGACAGCACGAGACAAACAAGAUGAAGAAGAUCGCAAAAGCACUUGGGUUACGCAGGAGCGACAGAAGACUUUGGACAGGUUACGCACAUUUAAGCAGCGGCAUCCUGGGCAAGUGAUCCUUAAAUCAACAAGGCUGCGUUUGACUCACGGUAGAAAAAAGGCAACAGGAAGAAUUACCCCCAGUGUUGACGAACCACAUUCCCUCUCGGUCAGUAUCCAGACACAAGGGAUACUUGACAUGGAGUCGCCAGAAAAUUUACAGCCUUUGGAGGUUGAAAAGCUCAAAAACCUAAAACUUGAAGAGAAUGUAUUACCUCCUGAUGUAGAUACCUCUGGACUUCAGGAAACAACUUCACUCCCCACUUUAACUCUUAAAACACUUGAAAAUAAUGCUGUGCAACCCCUGUCGCUUCCACUGUCCUCUCCACCCCCGCCGCCACCACCACCACCUCCUCCACCUCAGAAGAAAGAAGUAAACCCUUUAGAAGUCAGAGUGAUUCAUGUUAAGAAGGAAUCUGAAGAGACUGCACCCCAGACACCCUCUAGCGGCCCUUUGUCCCAGUUAUUUGACAGCAGUCAGCUUCUCAGUGCCAGAAAAAGACUGAAGAAAACUGGAGCUCUGGAGGGCAUACAAAGAAGAAGAGUGAGCUCGCCAAUGGAUGAAGUACUUGCAUCCCUGAAACGUGGUAGUUUUCAUUUGAAGAAGGUUGAACAGCGAACUUUAGCUCCUUUCCAAGAUGAGGAUGAGGAUAAUAACAUAUUAGCUCAAAUCAGAAAAGGGGUAAAAUUGAAGAAAGUACAAAAAGAAGUUUUAAAAGAGUCCUUCACACUUUUGCCUGACACUGACCCACUGACACGCAGCAUUCACGAAGCACUUAGAAGGAUUAAGGAGGCCUCGCCUGAAUCAGAAGAUGAUGAGGAGAGUUUACCUUGCACAGACUGGGAAAACUAACUGGUGGAUCUCAUGAACUAUGGAGAUACCCACAGCCAAACCCAAUUGCUUUUGCUGCACGAAGAAAAGAAUGUGGAGGCAAGUACGUCAGGUACAUCCAUUAAGGAGCUUCUGCUACUGAGAAACCUCAUAAUAUGGUAGAUGCCAUUAAAAUCAUGUCAUAAGUUAUGUGAUACUUUCACGCAAGUUGGAUUCUAUGAGCAUUCCUCGCUUCCAAAUGCAAUUUUUAUCUUUAUGUUGCUUAUCGGCCAGCACAAAGGUUUGGUAUUUUUCUUUGCAAACACUAUUUGUGAAUUUGGAGUCUACAAAGGACAUCUAUAAAAUCCAUAUCACUGGAUGCACUGAACCCAAUCCAUGUGAUGGAGAAUGACAAUGACUGACCUCCUUUCCAGCAACAGUAUCAGGCACUGUAUAUAUCAGAAGUAGAUUGUGUGCUGUUUACUCCAGUCAAUGAUCCAAUGGAUUUCAGUAACAUUACAGUAAAGCAACAUUUCUUUGAAGGGGCGGCCAUGCUUGCGUGCCUGCCAUUACGAACAUUACAGAAUAAUCAUCCUGUGUCUCUUGAAGGUCGGGUAAAGUACACCUGAGACUUUGGUCCCAUGUCUCAUACACUCUUUCUUCAAGACUUGUCGUGGACGAAAAGAGCUUUUUUUUAAGCUGUUCAACAAAUACAUAUAGCUGCUCAUGCAACUGACAACAUACUGUAUAUAAGGAGCAGUUAGUCAUUUUACUAAUUCUUACAUUUUUGCAUUUUUAUUUGACGGCUUUUUAUUUUAUCUUAAUUAUUUUAUGCAAUAUUGUUUGACUUCCUUACUGGGUUUUCCUAAGGAAAAUGCAAAAUGUAUAUUUAUACAUCAAUCUUCGGAAAAAAAAAUAUCUAGUAUUAUUUACUGUGCAUAUUUUCUUUGAUAUGGUUAGGCUGUGAUGGCCGCCAUAUGGUUUCUUAUGAGGAAAAGCCUUCCCCUAACAAAUAAAUUAUGACCAGCAAGCUACCUAAAUUCACUACUGUCCAACAGUCUGGUGUAUGGAGGGAUUUAUGCUAAGCUUCAAGUUUGGCUGCUGUGCACAAAAAUUAUAUUUUGCUUAGUUUUGAUAAAACCAAAAUGUUUGCUUGGUAGAUAUAGCUAUUUUCUUUAGAAAUAAACAGUUUCCGAGGUUCAGGCAUGAUGCCCAUGUGAAGCUUUAGCAUCCAAGUUUUCCAAUAGUACAUAGCAUGCACAGUUAUAAAUCGGUAAUGUACUUUUCUACAUAUGUCAGUGAAUAGUAAAUGAAAGUUUUAUUUUUAUUGUCCCUCGAUAUUUUAGGGUCCAUUCUGCAAGUUCCACUUUGCACGAAAGGAAAGUGGUUUUUGUAUUAAUGUGAUUAUGAUGAUUGAGGUUCCCAUGGCUGUGAAGUAUAGCGUGACCCAGAGAUGUAAUGUCCCUUUUAUCUAUGCUCUUAUCAGUGUACCUUGACUUCUUUACUUAAAAAUGCAAGCAGGGAUUGGUGCGUAUGAGUUGAUGUAGUUUACCUCACUCUAUAUGUAAACGUAUCUGCUGAGUUGAAGGGGCACUAGAGUGAAAAAAACAAGUGUACAGUAUGUUUCCAUUUUGUCCCCUUCUGCCCCGGGUAGUACAUUUGGGGCAGUGCAAAGGCUGAGGCUUUGUCUCUUGCUAGGAGGCAGAUUGCUGCAAGAGAAACCAAACAGGCUAAGUCCUGCCUCCUUAAGGGGGUAUUCCAACCUCUAACACUUAUCCCUAUUCUCUGGAUAGGGGACAGGUGUCUGAUUGCUGGGAUGUCUGACCAUUGGGAUCCCCUGUGCUCAUGAGAACGGGACCUGCAUCUCUUGUUAAUAUGGAUCAAUGGGUCCUGCACGUGCAAAUACACCAUAUGGGUGACAAUGAUAGACAAUGAAUGAAAGAGCCUCAUGCAAUCACGAGAUGCUGCUCCAUUCCAGCGGUAGACUCCACUCCCUGCUCUUAAGAUGGCGGGGAGGGGGAGACCCCCAGGAAUCGGACACUUAUUCCCUAUCUUGUGGAUAAGUGAUAAAGGUUAAAAUAUUCCUUUAACCUUAUUCCUAGUCAAUGAUGGUUUGGUGCCCCUUUUAAACAUUUGAUCACAGUUGUUAAGCUGUAACCUGACAUGUUAUACAUAUUUAAAUAAUUUUAAAUAUGUGAUAUUGGUUUUUAGCUUCACUGUAAUUUUUUUGUGGCUUACCUAAAGGUAUACAUUACCUACUAGAUAGAAAAAACUCAUCCAGCAAUGUUAUGUUUUUCUUCCCAUAUUUUUAAGCUAAAUGUGUACAGAUAAUUUUUUUUGUGUAUAUUUGCCACUUACCUUUUUUACAACAUGAUAUCUUUAAAGUAUGAACUAUGCAAGCAAUUGUUCUACAAGCUCGUAACGCUAACUUAGCACUGUGUAUGCUGGGGGAACUGUGAGUCUAGUGUUCUUCAGUACUAAAACAUUCACUAAUUGUGCACUUUUUUUGUUUACGUACAUGGGGAUAUAUUUCUGCUAUUUAGGAUUUUAGCCACUCGUUGUGCUUUGAUAUGUCAAAAUUCACUAUUUACCUGUUGAGCAAAAGGGACCAUAUAUAUAAGCAUAUAUUUACAGUUUAUAUGUAGAUAUAAUCUGCUUAACACGUAGAGUGAUAUUCAAAAUACAUUGCAGUACUUAUUUUGUGCUGAGUUGUAAUCUGUCUUAUGCUCCAGAGCUGCCUUCACAAUUCUGCUGGUUGCAGUUGGAAACACAAGAACCUUGACACAAAACAUUGCCCUUAGUUGAACUGUUAUUAUGCACUGAGAAAAUAGAAUAUUUCCCUACAUAAGAUUACUGUAUAGUGACUGCUGUAGAGUUGGCACUCACCAGAAUGCGAAUCAAAGAGACCAUUAACCACCUGCCUACCAGGAGAUUCUGGAACCUUACUAGUUCUUGACUAUAAGGUAAAGUUCAUACAGCAGAUUUACUGCAGGUUUCCAAUGCAGAAUACAGUACAAUGCAUAUGCACUUUACAAAAUCUCAUCCACAUACUGUAAAAAAAAAAAAAAAAUCUGUGUGGAAUAGUUCCCAUAUAGAGGGUGACUUAGUAUUUUGGUUCUUUACUGUAAGUCUCAGAUUUAGAUGCAAAUGUGUUGCCUAGGGAGGUAGGUAGUCCAAGAAAUAUAUAUAUUUUUUAUUUUUAUUCAGUGCAGAGUAGGCUAUAAAUGAAUAAUGAUGUAGCAACUCUUGUAAAUCCUUGUGUAUACCUAUUUUAGUUCAUGUGGCAUGCAUGGGUUAUCUGCCAUCUUGAUUCAGAUUUCCUCAGUGGCAUAGAACUUUCCCUUAACUCACACUAUAGACUAAAUGAUAUGCAUCUUUAGUCUGUUUCCUUCUUUCCUGUUAGCUCUAAUAAGGAGGAAAGCAGUGUCAAUAUAACCUACAAUGAAAAAAUACAAACAAUGAUAGUAUCCAAAAAAGCACAUUGCAGACAUCUCAUCUGCACACAGCAGGGACAGUGUAAGUCAGUAGAGUUGUACAACUCUGCAUCGUAUGAGUGUAUGGACUCACCAUCUAAAUCACUGCACUCCUGUCCUCUCAGAGAGGACAGACAUUCUAAUCUUCAGCAACAUUCUGUGCAUAGAGAAUAAACAAAUAGGGAGCAUUGAGCUGAUUGAGAAAGGGUCUGAAGCUGCCGGGAGGGAUCUGAUAGGCGAUUAUUCUCACAGGAAGUUGGCUACACGGGAGAGACACUUCCUGUUAUACAUUAAAGAUUGUUUUCUGCUGGUUAGAAGACUGGUGGUCACAUGACCCAGCUGCAGUAAAGAAAAACAUCGAUGCAGCUGAGCUUGCAGGAAACAAAUGACACUGCAGGUAUACCUGGAGUGUGUAUUUACAUUGUCUGCAGCAUAUCUGCUGUGCGUGGACUUAACCUAAUACAGAUUAAUCCAACUCAAUGCAAGAUAAGUAAUGUAAUGUAGAUCAUCUAUGUAUAAACGGUAAAAACUGUAAAAAAUUUGAAAUAUAUCUUAAAGUCCAGGUAAGUCUCUGAUACAGAAUAUUUUUACUUAAGAGUAUGAAUUCAUUAUUUGCUAUUAAAGGCAUUUCUGUAAAAUUAUAGAGUCAGGGCUUAGGCUGGCAUAUAAUGGUAACAAAAUACGUCCAACCCGCUGCCACAUCUGUCCCGAUGGUGUUCUUGACUGCUCAGCCAAUCGGUGUCCAAAACUGUUUUUUGCUAUGGCCAUUGAUUUGCUGGGCAGGUGUCUUCUACAUGGACCAUUGGGACAGACACAGCAGGGGAGCAGGCAGGGGAAUAUAACUUUAUUUUAAUAUUAACAAUUUUGUGUUGCCAUGCAAAGAGGGGAAGUGUAGUUUUGUAAAAACAUAGAAUUUCUAUACCUUUAACAUCUGAUAUCUAUCCAUUAAAAUUAUGUCGACUUAAAAAUAUACAGACGGGGAAAUGUAUCAUUGUUUUACUCUGUUUUGUUGUGUUGAUAUUUGAAAACACUUUAUUGCGACUUUUACUUUAGAUGCUUUUUGAAAGAUUGUGUAGCUAUGCCAUAGUCUGGUUACCUUUUUUUCAGUGGUCGUGAACUAAUCAUGUCGCACAAUUUGUCACAAAUUUACUCCAGCCCAGACCUGACUUAACCCCUUAAGGACCAAGGACGUACCGGUACGUCCUUGGUCCUGCUCUUCUGAUAUAACGCGGGGUUACACAGUAACCCCGCAUCAUAUCAUGGCGGGCCCGGCGUCAUAGUGAAGCCGGGACCCGCCUCUAAUAGCGCGCAGCGCCGAUCGCGGCGCCGCGCGCUAUUAACCCUUUAGCCGUGCGCUCAAAGCUGAGCCGCGCGGCUAAAAGUGAAAGUGAAA